AUGUUGUCAUUUUUUCUUUUCAAAUUGUACAGAGCGCUGAAAUUUUUGAAAUUUCUAGCUAAAAUGAGUUGUAACUGCCCAGUAACAACUACUAUAAUCGUGGGAGUCAUUGGAUACUUUAUCUACAAAAAGGUUUUCAAACUUCCCACAAUUCGACCAAAACCAGAAGCAUAUAAGAAAGAUUAUAAGAAGGAUGUGGUCUACCUGUAUCAGUUCAAGAGAACCAGAAAGUGUCCAAAUCUUUCACCAUUCUGUAUGAAAGUUGAGGUGUUCUGUAGAGCAUACAAAAUCCCUUAUGAGAUCUGCGAUGAGAAACGCCGUUGGUCGAGAAACGGUGCACUUCCAUUCAUUGAGCUCAAUGGUGAACACAUUGCUGACUCUGACCUCAUUGAAAUGCGUCUUCGUAAACAUUUCGAUCUUCCAUCUCUUUCUCCAGCCCAAGAAGCACAGUCCGUCGCAAUUACCAGACUUGCUGACAAUCAUUUGUUCAACCUUCUCAUCCGUUACAAAAUCCAGGGAGAUGAAUUCUACAAUGUUCUCGUGAAGAUUCUCAAACUGCCAAAUUUCCUGGUUCCAGUUGUGAUGCCAUUGAUUCGUGGAGUUUUCGGAAGAAAGGUUUACAAGAAAUCAACAAUGGCCAUUGGAAACUUUGACCCGGAUGACAUGAAGGACGUUUUGUAUAGAGAUCUUCAAACGAUCCAAGACUAUUUGGGAGACCAGAAAUUCUUGUUCGGAGACAAAGUUACUGCGGCUGACGCAGCUGUCUUCGGUCAAAUCGCAUCAGUGAUUUAUCCAUUCCGUUGUUGCAUCAAUGAUGUUCUCGAGAAAGACUUCCCGAGCGUUCUGGAGUACUGCGAGAGAAUCCGUGCUGAGAUCUACCCAAAUGAUUUCACCAUCUAA